AUGGAACCUACGAGCCAACUCGGUGCCAGUACCUCACUUCCUCAACUAAACAAUGGCCCCAAACCUCUCUCAGGCUCAGGCAGUUUCCAGAGCUACUUAUCUUCAGCUGGUUCAUAUCACCGUCAUGCUAAAGGGGCAGGUGUCUAUCUUGAGAACCAAUCGUCAAUUCAUACUCAAAAGAGCCAAUCACCCUACCUUCAAAGCGUAGUAGAAGCUUCUUCCCAUUCAGGACCGUUGUCUGGUGUUAUACGAUUUAUAACCAACUUCCCUGGAGUCCUGCUCGAGGACCUACACCGCUUCCGCUAUGGACACCUUGGAAGACUACGGAUUUUGUUGUCCCUUUACUGUUGCGUGAGCGUUAUCUUCCUCUCUUUCAAGAUGCAUAGCGCCUUGCGGGGUGUUGUUGCAGCCGGCCGCCCACGCAUAGCUCAUGUCCCAAACUCGGACACAUUAUACCGUGUUUCCCCUCUCUCGAAUUUGUCGGUUCAGCAGCGAAUGUCCAUCGCGUUUCCCAAUAUUCCGCCACCUGGUCAUCUGGAAAUCUUUACCCUGGCUACUCAUUCAUCAACGGACAAUGACCUCACCGCUUGCCUGUGGACCGAAGAAGAUGGGCUGCACGACGCCAUUACCUCACUCGCGACUUGGUCGGGUCCUUUGUCUCUGGUCGUCGUGACGUCGGGUCCAACGGACCGUCUUGCUAUGCUCAAACGAUUUCCAGAAAUUUUAGGCUUCUUUGAUACGCACUCCUCAUUCGGUUUGUCGUUCCACGUACUCCAAGUUUCAUCUUCUUUUGGAGGAUCUGCCAAUGCUUAUUUAAACGUUGCUCGUCUUUUGGCCCCCACUGAUCGAGUUGUCCUGUUCCCGGAUGGUUUGCCUUCACACCUCCCGAGUAAUUUGUACAGCUCCAUCAUUCGGUCGACGUCCAUGCAGCCUCUUGUACUGGGCAACAAUAGCCGUAGGACGUAUCCAUUCCUCCCGAUGUCCCCCGUUGUUCUUCCCAAGGAUUAUCCAACAUGGUGUACCGAGCGUUUCUCUCUUUUCCAAUCUCGAUCACUCGACUGGGAAGAUUGUCUCUGGCAACUGUGGCUCGAAAGUGCUGGCUCAGUGAAGUCUACGGCGGUGGAUAGCUGGCCAGUGUUGGAAACUAGUAAAUCCAACAACUCCGCCCUAUCCGCAAAGCUAAGACGACGUUGGACUGUCAAAUAUCGUGCAGAAGCGUGUGCCCUCGCAAUGAAACGAGCACAGAUAUUGGAAGUGACUAGUUAUGCAGACAAGAAGGCAUUCCAGUGGCGCAAGAAAUUCUGUCACGAGGUGAGGUCUUAA